AUAGAUGUCGUAACACGUCAUAUAGAAUGUGAAUUAUGUCAACGAAGUGCUUAAAUAUAAACUUAAUAAAAAAAUUUUUAAUUUCAAUAAUUUUAUGUUAAAGAAGACUAAAAUAAUAAUUUAUAUUUUUAAAAAAUUCAUUAGUGCUGUGAUUAAUAUAUUAAGAGGUAUCAAGAUCUAAAAAUGACAACAAGUAAAUCAUUGAUUUUAAGCGGCUUCAAAGAAGAUUGUGAACAAUUAAUUGCUCGUUUUGAGAAGGCAGAUGACAUUAGAUUUCAAACUUUUUGUGAAAUUUGGAAAACGAUGAGAUUUUCACUGGUGUUUACAGGUCGUCCAACUUUUUUAGAAUUAUUAGAAUUCUGUGAAGAAACACUGAAUAUAUGUAAACAAUUUCUUCUUUUACCUCCUCGAUUUAAAGAACGUAUUGGAGGAUUAUAUCUUUUAUAUGGAAUAUAUUAUAAAAUGCCAGUAGAUCAGUUUAAGAUUAGAGUUAAAUUAGAUGAUUGGCAAAAUAUUAUGGAACUUCAUGCAGAAAUAAAAGAAGCAGAACACUUAGAUGCUAAUUAUAUAUUAUGUAAAUUAAUUGUAGAUAAUGCAUUUCACUUUUGUAUUUUUGAUUCAGAGUUUGGAUUGGAAAAACAAUAUCGUGUAAAGAAUGCACAAUGUUUUAAUCCAUAUUCUGUAUUACCAAUAUUAAAAGAUUUAACUGACAAGCAUCAAAUGUUAUCAAAAAUAAAUGAAAUUAGUAAAGUUUAUGAAGAAAAUAAACAAUUAUUAAAAUUAAAAAAUGAUUCAGGUACUAGUCUAAAUUUAUUCAAUUCAAAUAUAGCUGAAGAAAUUAUUAAUGAUAUUCAAAAAUUUGAAGAACAAAAGAGAAAUCAACAAAUAAAAAGUAUGUUUGAUUCUGAAAAAGCAUGUACUUCUUCUACUUCAAAAGGAACACAUAAAAAAACCCAAUUAAAAGGAACUUCCAAACGUAAAAUGCGGCCAUUAAUUGAUUAUGAUUUUCAAAUAGAAUCAAAUGAAUCUGAUGAAGAUGAAGUAUUUGAACUUGAUGAUUAUGAUUCUAAUUCAUCUGAAGAUUUUGAUUAAUAACAAAAACAAAAAUAUACAUAUUAUCAUUGAUUGUUGUCGUCGAAUCCAGCACUAUGACCCGCGUUUCGUACAAUAAAACUAGUUCCGUCAUAAUGCAUGCGUCGUUCACCGCGUCGCACAAAAAGAUGAGAUGUUUGACCAAGAGAUGCAGUACAAUGUAAAAAUGGAGUCGUUAACGAAGCUGUACCAUUACUAGGUGAUAUACCACUGACUUGUUAUUGCCGUGGGCAUCAUGGGCCAGGAUUUCAACUCGUGAUCCAUAUUGAUAUAUUCUUCCGUUUGGAUGGAGUAAUGCUGCAGCUGCUCCAGAACCGCUCAACGAUAGUACAAUGUUAUUCUACGCUGACGAUAAAUGCAAUUCAGAUAAUAAUCAUGAAUCUUGUUAUAAAAUAGAA